AUGGCUCCUAUAGAAUAUUUGUUGUUCGAAGAACCCACUGGUUACGGUAUCUUCAAGGUGAAGUUACAACAAGAUGACAUCGGUUCUCGUUUGAAAGAAGUUCAGAAGCAAAUUAAUGAUUUUGGUUCAUUUACUAAGUUGGUCGAAUUGGCUUCGUUUGUUCCCUUCAAAGGUGCUGCACAGGCCUUGGAAAACUGCAAUGAUAUUUCUGAAGGUUUGUUGUCUGAGCACUUGAAGGCUGUUUUGGAUUUGAAUCUACCAAAAGGAUCUUCGAAGAAAGCUGUCGUCUUAGCGAUUUCUGAUAAGAAUUUGGGACCUUCUAUUAAAGAAGAAUUUCCAUAUGUUGACUGUAUUGCGAGCGAAUUGGCACAGGAUUUGAUUCGUGGUGUUAGGUUGCAUGGAUCCAAGCUUUUGAAGGACUUGCAGCCUGGUGAUUUGGAGAGAGCUCAAUUGGGUUUGGGUCACGCAUAUUCUCGUGCAAAGGUCAAGUUCUCUGUGCAAAAAAAUGAUAACCAUAUUAUUCAAGCAAUUGCGUUAUUGGAUCAAUUGGACAAGGAUAUUAAUACUUUUGCGAUGAGAGUUAAAGAAUGGUAUGGAUGGCACUUUCCCGAAUUAGCCAAGUUAGUUCCAGACAAUUAUAAGUUUGCCAAGCUAGUACUACAUAUAAGAGACAAAACAUCUUUGACCGAUGAUUCUUUGCAUGACUUGGCAGCAAUUUUAGACGACGACGCUGGAAUUGCUGAGAGAGUGAUUAGCAACGCUCGUAUCUCUAUGGGUCAAGAUUUGUCUGAAGUUGAUAUGGAUAAUGUAUGUGUGUUUGCCGAAAGGGUGGCUAACUUAGUUGACUAUAGAAAACAAUUGUAUGAUUACUUAUGCGCAAAGAUGCAUACCGUCGCUCCAAACUUGUCUGAAUUGAUCGGCGAGGUCAUUGGUGCUCGUUUAAUUUCACAUGCUGGUUCUUUAACCAACUUAUCCAAGCAAGCUGCUUCCACUGUUCAAAUUUUAGGUGCCGAGAAGGCCUUGUUCAGAGCAUUGAAGACUAAAGGUAAUACUCCAAAAUACGGUUUAAUCUACCACAGUGGUUUUAUUUCCAAAGCUAGUGCUAAGAACAAGGGUAGAAUUUCUAGAUACUUGGCUAACAAGUGUUCGAUUGCAUCUAGAAUUGACAAUUACGCUGACGACCCAACGAAUGCUUUUGGCCAAGUUCUGAAGAAGCAAGUUGAACAAAGACUCGAAUUUUACGCUACUGGGACUCCUACUUUGAAGAAUGAAGUUGCCAUUCAGGAAGCCAUCGAUUUAUUUAACAAGAACAGACCACAAGAAGAAGUUGAAGAACAUCAAGAAAGCCCAAAGGAAAAGUCUAAGAAGAGGAAGUUAGAAGAUAACAAGGAUGAAGAGAAGAAGAGAAAGAAGGAAAAGAAGGAAAAGAAGGAGAAAAAGGAUAAAAAGGAACAGAGUGAUGAGAAGGUGAAGAAAGUGAAGAAGGAUAAGAAGGAUAAAAAGGAUAAGAAAGAAAAGAAGGAUAAAAAGAAGAAAGAUUAA